AUGCUACCGAAAGAGAAGCUUGAAAAACUCCAAACAGAGUACGCAAUUCUCCACCUCGUGUACCACAGAAACCAUAACCAACACAGAGUGGCAGUAUGGUGGCGCCAUUUGAGUAUGCUCCAUCGUGGAGUCAGGAAAGUGCUACGAGGGAUAUAUGAGAUCGAGGAGGCUAAGAAGAUCAAGAGAAGAGAGCAGCUUCAGAAACAGGUGGUCGCUACAGCUAACCAUUUGGUUCUUCGAGUGAUGAACAGAGCGUAUUAUCACUUCAACUCGGUCAUUGCGUUGGGCCAGUUUGUCAACUUGGGGUUUGUUUUGGUGGCCAGUGUGAGUGCUUUAAGGUCAUUGUUGCUAGAGAUUGAAGGUGUUGGAGACAGAAACGUGGAAGUCGAGACGAAAAAGACAGAAUUGGAUGAUGAUAUUGGAGAGGAAGUGGCGUACGAGCUGGUAUCGACGCCGCUGGUGGAUAUCAAACCAGAGCCUAUGGUAGCUAUGUCCUUUGAGGAGCCAAAGAAGGAACCAAAAAAGAAGACAGAGAAGAGGAAGAGUAAAGGCGACGGGGAGAAAAAGAAAAGAAAAAGAAGUCAAAGUCGGCUAUCGACGAUAUUUUGGAUGAAAAAGUACUUAUAA